CCACACAUUAGAUAACAAAAAGAGAGAGUAUGGCCUUGGAAACACUUUCUUCCAAUGAACUCCUCAACUUCAUAAUCUAUGACACCAUCUCUGCAACCCCUUUUAGCUGCAAUGACUCCUCUGAAACCACAACUACUAACACUAAUCCUUGUAGUAGUUUCUUCUUCCACCUCGAAAACCAGAACCCUAACCCUCCUUUGAAUCAAGAACUCUCAGGAGCUGCGGCCGCCAUGGAAAUUAUGACUUCCAAUUCUUCUCUAACUACAACCACUGCAAAGAUGUCUAUGGCGGUGCAGGCUUACUGCAGUGGCAAAAUCCCAGAAAAGAACUACAGUAAUAACAACAACAACAACAACAACAAUCAGAAUUUAGGGGUACAAGGAGGAGGGAAGAAGAAGAGGAGAAGAAGGCCUAGGGUUUGCAAGAACAAAGAAGAAGCUGAAACUCAAAGAAUGACUCACAUUGCCGUCGAGAGAAAUCGCCGGAAACAGAUGAAUGAGCAUCUUGCCGUGUUGCGGUCUCUCAUGCCGGAAUCUUACGUCCAAAGGGGUGACCAAGCUUCCAUUGUUGGUGGUGCUAUAGAAUUCGUGAAGGAGCUUGAACAUCUCUUGCAGUCACUUGAAGCUCAGAAGUUCCUCUUAACUCAACAACAACAACAACAACAACAACAACAACAACAGCGAGAAGAAGAAGACAGUGAUUUCGCCGAUAACACUAAGUUAUCGUCGCCCCUCCCUCCAUUUUCACAAUUCUUUUCUUACCCACAGUACACCUGCUCUCAAAUCCCCAACAAGUACACUUCCAAAAGCAAGGCAGCCAUUGCAGAUAUUGAGGUCACUUUGAUUGAAACACAUGCCAAUCUCCGGAUUCUAUCGCAAAAAAGGCUUACUCAGCUCUCAAAAAUGGUGGCCUGUUUUCAAACCCUUCAUCUGUCCGUACUCCACCUCAACAUCACCACCUUGGACCCGUUGGUUCUCUACUCCAUCAGUGUUAAGGUGGAAGAAGGAUGCAGGCUCAAUUCAGCAGACGAGAUAGSAGGUGCAGUCCACCAGAUGCUCAGAAUAAUUGAGGAGGAAGCUACCCUAUGUGUUGAUUCCAUAAACUAGAAAUAGCUGCUUGUGCUUUUACCAAUUUACCCCUUUGGGCUUGUGUAAAAUUACCAUAAUGCCAUCUUCUAGAUCUCUCA